AUGAAUACAUACCUCAGUGGUUUUGAGUUUACAUCUAGAGGGGAAAGAACAGCUGAAAAGAAUCAAUACUUUGUCUUGUUCAAAGUAAAAAUCUUGGGACUAUCUCGCUCCUGUUUUCUUUUUUUCCCCCUCAGCCAGACGCCAUAUGCACGCCUUCACUGGUCGACCCACUUUUGACUGGACAGACUCUGCUCCCUCUAUCAUUAGACUGUGUUUAUCAAAGGCUUUGAAAUCUGGAGUUCGUCUAUCAAGCCAGUUUAUACUUGAUUUUAAAGUUAAUCGUUCAGCACACUCAGGCGAACAUGUAGAGAUGGAUUUUAUGAAGCUGUUUGGCACCGUAAUCGCAGUUUUGUUCCACCCUGGAUCCGUUUCUAAAGUAAAUGGCCAAAGGAUCUGUCGGCACGGGACAGAGCGCCCAUGCUACAAGGUGUCCUACAUCCAGGACAGCAGGCAGAGGCUGACCUUUGAGGAUGCCAGGCAGGCCUGUAGGUUGGAUGGAGGCGACUUGCUCAGCAUUGAAACAGAAAGCGAGCAACGGCUGAUGGAGAGGUUUAUACAACAGCUGCAGGCUGGAGAUGGAGACUUCUGGAUCGGGCUCCGCCGCAGCCCACAGCAGUACAGGGCAGGGACCACAAGCCCAGGUUGCCCCUCGCAGUACUAUUGGCUGGAUGGAAGCAAGGCCAAGUUCAGGAACUGGCAUUGGGAUGAGCCAUCUUGUGGCGAAGAAAUGUGUGUGGUUCUGUACCAUCAGCCCUCUGCGCCACCAGACGAAGAAGGUCAUUUCCUGUUCCAGUGGAAUGAUGACAACUGCAACUCCAAGAACAACUUUGUCUGCAAAUAUCCUGAAAAAAAAGUACCAGUACUUACUGAGAAAGAGAACACAGCACAUGCAGUUCCAUCUCUGAGGCCAAGCUUAUUCUCGACGACAGAAAGUGACAAGAGGGUAAAAAUAGGCCUACCCGAGCCAUCAGUAUCGCUCUCAGACAACACCCUGUAUGUUUCCUACAUCCUUUAUGCAACUAUCCCUGCUCUACUGCUGCUGCUGUUUGCAGCUGCUGGGUUCUUCUGCUACAAACAGCGCGCUAAGAGGAGGAAGACAGAAACAGAAAGCUACCCCAGCAGAUCAAAACAGUGGAUGUCAACAACAGCUUCACCUUGCGCCACGCAAGGACCCUACGCCUUUAGUGACAUUACCAAACUGCCUCACACUGGUCUGGACAGCAGCAUGCCAGCUGACAUCAUGACAAAGUACUUCUGCACUCCUUCCCAGGACUCCCAGUGUGACGAUUAUGAGAAUGUUUCAUGCACAGACAGGGAGAGUGGCUUUGUGACCAAUGACAUCUAUGAGACCUGCAAAGCUCAAAGCCGCCGCUGCCACAGUCAGACUGGUUGGGUGGAAAAUGAGAUCUAUGGAUAACACUUUUGAUGCCCAUCUGGUCUCUGUGAGUGUCUGUCAGCUAGACAGAGGAACACAGGUUUAUGCAUCCCUUUCUUCCUGUACACCCGACUGGUUAUUUGUGUGGUGCAGGAUUAUUAAACACUUGGCUGUGUCAGCA